AUGGCCGAGAAACAGGAAGAAGAGGACGUUCCGAACUCUUCACAAGGCUUGACAUGUCCACUGUGUCUUGGUAUCUUCGACGAUGCAACCCUCUUGACUUGCGGACAUACCUUCUGUCGAGCCUGCCUCAAGAAAUACGACCUAUCCCACCAGGAUCUUGAUCACAUGGUCUGCCCUCUCUGCAGGACAGUGACGAAGUUGUCUGCAAACCGAGUCGACGAUCUCGUCACCAAUGUGACGGUCAACGGACUCGUGGACGAUUAUCAUGUCAGGUCUGGUGGGACAAAUGUCAUCCUUGACAUGCGGCAAAAGUGCACAGUCUGCAACAUCCAGGUAGAGGCCAUCACUUUCUGCACUUCAUGCAAUGUUUACAUGUGUAUUCAAUGUCACGUUGGCCACAAACAACUAAAGCUGUUCUUCGAAGGUCAUGAGAUCGUUUCUAUCCAGGAUAUAAUUGAGGGAAAUUUCAAACCUGGUCGUCGCUUCGAGAAAUGUUCAGCCCACAGACAAGAUAACAAAGAUAUGUUCUGUCAGGAUUGUAAGAUACGCGUCUGUUUUAAAUGCGUCGUCAUUGAUCAUCGAGAUCACAAGAUAAAAUCACAUAAGGACUUCGAAAAGGAUAUGCAGGUUAAGGUGAGUGAUCUUCUACAUCGAUGUCAAGCGAAGAAAUCAGACCUGGAGAAGAACAUUGAGACAGACAGGACACAUCGUGAAAAAGCACACAUUGCUCUUCAGCUACUACGUGAAGAUGUCGGCCAAGCCUGUCGUAUCAAGGUCAAGCAUCUAGAAGACAACCGAUGUGCACUCCUUGAGGAGAUUGAUGCUUUUGAGCGUGGAUAUGAUGACGCCUUCAACGGUCUGAAAUCGAAUGACCGACAGAUGAAGAGCGUUUGUAGUUCGGUAGAUCUGAUGGCUCUGGUGGAUAAUGACAGACUAGGAUGUCUCGAGACGGACAGUCUGUCUGCUCACACAUUCCUUUGCGAAGAGAUCGAUGGCUUGCUAAAGGAGGCUGUUGAUCAAACCUCUGCAGCAACCAUAGUGAAGAAGGCACUGAAGCAUAUUAGGUUCCAGCCUGCGGCUAACACCAGUCUUGACCUCGGGAAUAUCUCAGAUCCAGAACGCGAUCAACAACUGUUUAGAUCAGCACUAGGUACUUGGUAA